AUGAUAGGCAUCACAUUGAAGGGCGGCCGGGGCAAGUUCUUCUACGACCGUCCCGGACAGAGGUAUAGGCUCAACUACACUGCCUCCUCGAAGUUGUUUCAUCCAGACGGCAAGCUUGAGCAGGACAUGCUCGCCAAGAACACCACGAUGCCGAUGAACUACACCUGGGGUGGCUACGGCGAGAACGGCGCCUGCAACCCUUUCCCGAACAAGUAUUCGGACUUCUUCGGCUGGCUGGCCAUUGCCAGCGCUGGAGCAAAUCAGACAGUCGAGGGAAAGCCAUGCAGACAGUGGACUGCGCUGAUACCAAGCCCUUUCAAGCAUACUGACGUCAACAUGACUGCAUGCGUGGCUGACGAUGGCUCUGUCCUGGAGAUGGUCCAGAUGGUUGGGGGCACCGGCAAGUUCUCUGGAGCAUCCAGGUACCGCUUCAGCAACAUCACUUUUGGUCCCCCUGACGAGGAGGCCUUCAGGCCUAGCUACGCUUGCGCCCAGAACUGGCCUGCCAAGCCUUGCGAAGAUGAGGAGGUCGAGACACUUGACAUCUACCGAAUCUUCGGAAAAGGUGAACCACAAGUGCUGUCCAACCGGGAUACUGGCGAUGUUCUUGGUGAUGUCUCUUUCAUCUGCACUCAGGGCUCCGGCGCAGAGUACGAGUCCAAGUUCAUCACUCACUGGAAGGUCAAUGUUAGCAAGGCUUUCGGCCAGUACGCUCUGUGCAACUUCAAUGGUAUCGCCAACGUCUGCAUAGGACAAGGAUCUCAGCUUAAGCGCGUCGGGCGAAGAGGCUCCCAAAUUCAGUCUGGCAAGAAAGCUAUUGGCCAGUGCGACCCCAACGUAGAUGUGGGCAGCCAGUACAGCUUCCCAAGAGCGGGGCAAUGCCCACCCAACGUCGUGCCGAGCGAAGCUAGUGGCUGCUUCUGGGCCAACCCGAGGCCUGUGCGUACUGUGGCCGCGAAUUGCGUCAUGCAGGAACGCAAGCUUCUGGAGGUCUGCAAGACGGAGUUCGGUCAUGCUCCCUUCACCCAGUCCGCUGCGAUCUUCAAAGAUGCCCUCGCCUCCGCGGACUUGACCAAAGGCGGAUGUCCGGACACGCCGGUUGCAACGAUCGUUGACUGCACCAUGCAGGGGCACACGACUGUGGACAUCAUCAUGGCCGCUCGUACCUUCAGCUCGCAUGAUGCUCUUCAACUGGGCCUACAUCAUUGUCUAUGCCGUCAUAUCCUUUGGCUACAGCGCUCCCUGGGUCGAGUCGGAGAAGCGGCCUCUCUCCUACCACAAGACGGACAUGCUCGUGACGGUUGGCAUUCUCUGCUUCGUCUCCCUGGUCGCAGACCGCCGAAA